AGUUAUUAUAUUUUUAUGGCAAAUUAGAUUGGACGAAAGCUUAAAGAGUCAACAUGGGAUGUUGCUGUGGAAAAGAAAAGAAAUCAGCAUUCGAUCCUUCGAAGGAUGGGCCAAUCAAAAACCGUUCUUGCACUGAUCUGAUCUGUUUAAUAAUAUUUUUCGCCGCCAUUGUUGGAUUCGUCGUCGUUGGGAUAUUCGCAUGGCUGAACGGGAAUCCAGUUAUUCUUCUGUUGCCUACUGAUAGCAAUGGAAGAAUAUGCGGAGUCAAAUAUGGAGAUUUGGAUUUGUCAAACAAGACAAAUCUGUUCUUCUUUGACUUGACACAAUGUGCCAGUCCAGCAAGUUACCUGAAUUUUCAAUGCCUCACACCACAGGUCUGUGUCAACUCGUGUCCAGAUUCAAGUUGGACUUAUAUUCAAGAUCUUGUGAUACUUCAGGCAGCCAAAACAGCUUCAGCAAGUGGAGCUAGCAAUGCUGUGAUUUCAACUUACGCUCAGACCAAUCUGAAUCUGGACUGGUCCAAAUAUAUCUGCAAAUAUGACAUUGACGCAAAAACUGAGUUUGAGAAAGGGACAAAUGGCGAAAGUGAUCUUCAAGCAAUGAUAUCAGCAGAGAAAUGUGCUCCAUAUUAUAUACCAAUGUCUCCAGUUGUGAACCGAUGCAUACCGAGUGUUAUAGUGGACGCUACAAAUUUUGUUGCGGAUUCUGCAUCUGGACAAGACACAACAAUCGUGAAUGCGCUCAAUCAAACAGUAACCGGCUCAAAUCUAAAUCUUGGGAGUGAAGUCAUUCAAGCAUAUCUCAAUGCUCAAGAAAUUGGAAUGAAAAUAUUUGCUGACUUUACUGCUUCUUGGUACUGGAUACUGGCUGGCCUUGGAGUAGCUGCGGUGAUUGCAUUUCUCUGGAUUGUAAUAAUGCGUUGGGUUGCAUGGCCAAUGGUCUGGAUCACUAUAUUUGGACUCUUUGGUGUGCUGGGAUUUGGAGUCUAUUAUACGUACACUGAGUGGCAGAGACUUCUUACAGUGGAUGGUGCCAAUGCAACUUUGGUCUCAACAGGAUUCACUACAAAUCUGAGUCAAUAUCUUGCGCUUCAAGAAACAUGGCUGGCUUUCUUCAUCAUUCUCUGUGUUGUGACCGCAAUCUUUUUCCUGCUAGUUAUUUUUUUGAGGAAAAGAAUUCUUAUUGCGAUUCAAAUUAUCAGAGAAGCAAGCAAAGCUGUUGCACACAUGAUUUCUACUCUUUUCUACCCCCUAGUGACAUUUAUUCUUGCAUUAAUUGUCAUUGCAUUCUGGGCUGCGACAGAAUUGUUUCUGGCAUCAUCAGGUGAUCCUGUAUACAAAGUCUUGGACACCAAUUCUACCAGAGUAGCUGCAGAAACUGAAACUGACCCAUGCAACAACACUGUCUGCAAUGUAACAGUAUGGAAUGAAGCAAACCAUACAUUUGCAAAUGAUGACACAAUAAAAUGUAUGUUCAUUGAGUAUGGAGGAGACUCACUGUUUCAUCGAAACACUCUAUGGCUCCAGAUUGCAAUUGUUUUUGCAUUUUUCUGGCUUCUGAAUUGGGUUAUUGCUCUCGAGAAUUACAAUUGGGCAGGAGCAUUCGCAUCCUAUUAUUGGGCAUUUGAUAAGUCAACAGAUAUACCAGCGCUCCCCUUGUUUUCUGCUUUUGGAAGAACUUUGAGGUACCACACUGGGUCUCUGGCAUUUGGUUCCUUUAUCAUUGCACUGAUACAAGUUAUCAGAGUCCUACUUGAAUACUUCGACCACAAAAUGAAAGGCUCUGAAAACAAGGUUGCCAAAUUUUUCAUGUGUAUUUGUAAAUGCUGUUGUUGGUGCCUUGAAAAGUUUAUGAAGUUCUUGAACAGGAAUGCCUACAUUAUGAUUGCAGUCUAUGGUAAGAACUUCUGUUUAUCUGCCAAGCAAGCCUUUAAGCUAAUUAUCAGAAACAUCAUUCGUGUAGCGGUCGUGGAUAAAGUGACAGAUUUCCUGCUUUUUAUGGGCAAACUUAUGGUCACUGCAGGACUGGUUGCACUCAGUUGGGCAUUCUUUGGCAACAAGAUAUCUUUUGCAUCUGGAUAUGUACCAUCACUCAACUACUACUGGAUGCCUAUUGUGAUCAUUGGCAUUGGAGCUUAUAUUAUUGCGGCAGGCUUCUUCAACACAUAUGGAAUGGCUGUGGACACAAUAUUUCUAUGUUUCUUGGAAGACUUAGAAAGGAAUGAUGGCUCUGAAGAGAAGCCUUACUUCAUGAGUAAGAGUCUGAUGAAAGUGCUCGGAAAGAAAAAUAAAAAACCAAAAGAUGAAAAAAAGAAAACAAAAAAAGAAAAGAAAGCUUAGAUUGACUAAUAAUUUUAGAGAUGUUCGUUUAGAGAACAAACUUUUGUUUUUCCUUUAUUUAGAAUAAUAGUUUUGAAACCUUUUUAUUUUGUUGUUAAAUUGCUCUCAAGCCUUAUGUAUUACACUCAUUUUGGGAAAAGAAUAGAAUUGAACAUUUUCUGGAAUGUUUUCUAUUUUAUUGAAGCCUUUUUUUAUUCUGAUUGUUAAAUAUCUAUUUUAAAUAAUCAGUGUUUUGAACAUUUGAAUCUGCUCCAAAUUUUGCAUGUGCAUUCAU